AUGAGCAAAGGCUGCUAUACCUGCCGUCGCCGCCGCAUUAUUUGCGAUAAUGGACUCCCCACGUGUCGGAAGUGUCGGGAUGCGGGGAAAGAAUGUCUGGGGUAUCAAAAACCGCUCGUUUGGGUCAAGGGUGGAGUGGCUAGUCGGGGUAAGAUGAUGGGUCGCAGCUUCGGCGAUGCCAAACAAGAAUCUCCUGAUGCCCAUGAGAAUCACACUGGGCUUGAUCAAUCCGCCGCCGCCGCAGCCAAUCUGCCUAGCGACGCGGCGAAUACCCCACAACAUCUUCGCGACAAUGACGACGUAGCAUCGGCGCAGAAUACUUCCCUGGGGGCCAUUGUACCUGCAAAUCCCAUGCUUCCAACACCACGGGUGCUUGUGGACCCGCUAUUUCAAGAUUGUAGUCGACUUUCCAGGUUUUAUAUCAACCAUUUCCAUCAGAAUCUUGCGGGAUAUCUGUCACUAUAUUCCGAUGUCAGGAACCCAUUCCGAGACCUUAUCCCACUGGCUGGCAAUUCUCCCGUCAUUUCUCAUUCCCUCGCGGCCAUGGGUGCAUUGCAUUAUGUUAUUUUGGCAAACGGAGAUUUUUCGCCCAUGCCGUGGCCUGGAGAGACAUUAUCAAUCAAUGAUAAUCCCUCCCCGCCAGAGGAAGCAGGACCGGCCGAACUAAGCUCCUUGUCUCGGCGUUCGUCUCCCAAGAUUUACGAGCAGUUUCUAGGGUUCAAACAACGCGCAUUACACCAGUUGUCACGGGACAUAUCCGAUCCCGUUUUGCGAAACGACAACAAGACCUUAGCAGCGAUAAUGAUUCUUGCCUUGAUGGACGCCAUUGAAUCUGGGCAUGGGGCAUGGAAAUAUCACCUGGAAGGCGCCAAGAAACUGUUGCAAAGUCGCGAGCACGACAAGCCAAGUAAAACGCAAACAAUACUUGACUGGCUCGAUGAUUUUGCUGCCGAUGGGUGUUUAGUAAUUCAGCUAAUGGGCGCUACCUUGGCCCGACCUGGCACUCUAUCAAAGCCCUUUUAUUGUUCUGAUAUUGGUGCCUCUGUCUUAAGGCGUUUAGAAGAAACCUCAUGGGUCGGCUGUCCCGCCUAUCUACUAGAAGUUAUUUUCUUUGUCCACGCGUUCUUUGAUCUUGACCUCAACAAUGACCGAAGCUCACAGCCACGGACCGUUUUCCCGUCUGAAUAUCUCCCAGCGGGCUCAAAUCCGCUCCAAUGCCCCGAGAGCCUACCCAAACACAUUCAGGCGUUUGACCCUGUUGCGUGGGCAGAGUCUCUCCAAAGUUAUCAUUUCCUUCCAGACCUUUCCAUGCGGAUGACCCUCGCUACCAUUUACAAGGCAGCUGUCUAUCUCUACGCUACCAGGGUUCUUUCUCGCCCUCGACCCGGCGCCACAUCUAUUUCGACCACUAUUGGCCUGCCUCCAGACCAUGGGGAGGUCGCAACAUUCUUAAUUGAACAACUCUCCCUUAUCCCCUCCUCCGAUUCGCACUUCAAAUGUCUCAUAUGGCCCUCUUUCAUUGCCGGCGCCGAAUGUAGAGACCCUGCUCAGCGCCCAGUUAUGCUCGAGAUCCUCCGCAAGUUGUAUUUUCACCUCAUAAGCGUCAACGUCCGCAAUGCUGCGUGGGUCCUGACCAUGAUGUGGCGCAAACGCGACCUCAGACGCGAAGAGAGAUCCAAAUUUCGUGCAAAUCUAGACAAGGAUAGUAUUGACUCUCUCGUUGUCACCUCCCGAUCACCUUCUAUCACAACUACCCCUACCACGACCACGGGAACGGUCACUACUCCCUCCACUACGACUCCAAUAAGCCCUGGUGACGAUUUUUAUUACGAUGAUGACGACUUCGACUGGGUUCAAGAGUUAGAUGAUUCCAGGAUCGAUUGGCUCUUUAUCUAA